UUUAAAAAAAUGAGUACUUUUACUUCAUUGGUACUUUUAUUUAAGUAGAAUUUUGAGUUGCAGUUUACUCAUGUACUGCACUUUCUUUUUACAAUUUUGAGGUACUUGUACUGAGUGUUUUCAUUCUCUACUACUUUAUAUUUCUAGUCCAGAUUCUGUACUUUUCAUUACACUUUAUUUAUCUACCAACUUUUGUUACUGUGCAGAUUCACAUUAAUUAUACAAAACAUAAUUAAAACAUAUUUAUAUUUUGCAGUAUAAUAGCUUAAUAUGAGAACCAGCAGUAUAUAAAAUAAUUAAAAUUAGCCCCACCUUCACCAACUGGAAAAUUAAAGUGGUAAAACACAUUAAUGCAUAGCACAAGUCUGCAAUAUAAGUAAGGCUGCUUUUAUUUUGGUAGUUUAAGUGUAUUUCAAUGCUAAUACUUUUACUGCAGGACUUUAACAGAGUACUUCCACACAGUGGUAUUACUACUUUUACUAAAGUAAAAGAUCUAAGUUGUACUUGUUCCACCUUCUGCUCGUAGCUAAACCCCGCCCUCGUAUUCCGUUUCAGUCGGAAAUACGUCACAUUACUGAAGCUAAAGAUGCUCCAACUGCCGUUUCUCUGUGACUUUAGCAUUAAGUUGGACUCUGUGGCAAACUUUGGCCACACCUAGAUCCUGUCCCAUUUCCACUUACAAAAAAAAAAAAAGAAAAAAGAAAAGAGAAAGAAAGAAAAAAAAAAAAAAAAGGCAGGCUUUUAUUUUUUCUAUCUGGUGCGUUUGUUUGUGUGUCGGCGAGUCCCGGCGGUGUAACCGGAGAGGGGCCUCAGAGAGGGAAUGCAGGACUGCAAUGGAGCACAAUGCAAUACAGUGGUUGGGUGCUCCCUCCUGCCAGCGGGGCAGCUAUGCCUUCUAUAAGUCGGUGAGCAGCAGAGCUCAGCCCGACGGGCCCGUCCAGGUGUGGAAGCUCGGGGAGUUCUACUUCAUCCGCUGUGGACCGCAGGAUCCCGUGUGCGUCGCUGAGGUGACCUUACUGUGGGAGGACCAGACGCGACACCACCUGCUGGCCAGCGCCAGGCUUUACUUCUUACCCGAGGACACGCCAAAGGGCCGGACCAGGGAGCACGGAGAGGAUGAAGUUUUGGCGGUGUCCAGGAAGAUGGUGGUGCGGGUGGAGGACCUGGUGAGAUGGUCGUGUGCACGGCCGGCAGGUUGGAGUAGCUGUUCGAAGCUGCCGCCGGCGCCACCACCCUGCGGGACCAACGGCCUCCACAAACCUCCGCAGAGCAGCGACGGCAACGACAACAACAACAACAAUAACAACAACACAGCGGACAAGAGCAGCGAGCCGCUCAGAGACAAAACCGAGAACGGCCCGCUGGAGCGUCAGGGCGUCAAAGUGCUCAGCUACCCGCAGUACUGCCGCUUCCGCUCCCUGCAGAGACGCAUCCAGGAUGGAGCGAGGGGGCUGGGGCUGCAGGACCCCCACCUGCUGGCCCUGGGGGGCGUCAGGGCGCUGCCCAACACCCGGGUGAUGUACUGCAGGGACACGUUCAACCACCCGACGCUGGAGAACAGCGCCGGCUUCUCCUGGCAGUUCAGAUGUCCGUCUCUCAGUCUUCGAGGACGACCUCGCAAGAGGAGAGGCCGCGACGGCAAAGACUCCCCGAACUCCAGCCAAUCAGAGUCCUGGAUCGAGAGGAUGAAGGAGAACGUGAUGGGUAGCGUGGAGGUCGGCUGUGAGGGCAGCUGGCUCCCUCACCCUGAGGAGCAGCUGUUCCUGGAUCAGCUCUACAUCUUCAUGGAGCGUCACGGCUCGCCCAUCCACAAAGUCCCCAACCUCGGCUUCAAGAAGAUCGACCUCUUCCUCAUGUACUCGGUGGUCAAGCGGCUCGGAGGGUACAAGAAGGUGACAGGAGACCGACUCUGGAAAGUGGUUUAUAACGAGCUGGGAGGAUGCCCCGGCAGCACCAGCGCUGCGACCUGCACCAGGAGACACUACGAGAGGCUGAUGCUUCCUUACGAGGAGCACCUCAGAGCCGGAGGAGCGGAGUUCAAAAUCCCAGAAUCCCCCACUCCUCCAAAACCCAGAGGGAUCAGAGGAAGGAAACCACUUCCUCGAGGCAGAAAACCAGGACCCAAAGCCAAGGAGAAGAAGAUCACAACCCCCGCUCUUCCUCCUCCUCCUUCCCCUCCUACUCCUCCUCCUCCUCCUCCUCCUCGAACUAUCGUGAACCCGAACGGCUCCGUGGUGGUGAAGAGGGGCAGAGGCCGGCCGCCGGGGACACGCAACAAGGCCACGCUGAUCGCUCAGGCCAAGCUGCUGGCUCAGCAGCAGGCCAAAGCCAAAGCAGCAGCGGCGGCGGCGGCGGUGGCAGCGACUGCAACGCAGACCCAGCAGCAGAGAGUUCUGCUUCCAGCCAAAGGCAGAGGAGGACCGAUGCCCAGCAGCACACACAGGCCCGUCCAGCCGGCCAUCCUCCCCGCCAACAUGCCUCUCACCCCCGACCUCUCCCCCAUGUCGGCUCCCUUCCUCCCCUUCCAGCCCAAACCGAAGGAGCUGAAGCCGGACAGGGGGGAGUCCGCGGCCCCCGCCGCUCCGGGUGUGCUCCUCUCCACUCUGCCUCGCCACUUCGUCGGAGGAUCCCUGGGCGGCUUCAGCCCCAUCAAAGGCGUGUGUCCGCUGGACGUCUUCAGGAGCCGCAUCAGCCUCCAGAGAGCCCCGGAGAGCCCGGCGCUGACGCCUCAAGACCCCACCCAGCACCAUCCGACCGUCUACCCCCUCCAGCCCAAGAGCGGAAGCCCGGACACCCCUCAUCCCAGCGGGGACCAGCCUCAGCCUCAGCCCCACCAGCACCACAACCGCUGCUCAGGGUGUAACGGGGACGAGGGAGCACAGAGAGGGGGCAACCGGGACGCCAGGAGCCGGCCCCCGCUGCCCCCUCUCCGGGUCCUGCCUCUCAACCUGGACUGCAGCGUUCAGGUGUGCCAGCUGAUGAGAACUCGUUGUCUGGACUCGUCUCAGUUGCAGACCUUCACCCGCCGACUGUCUGAGGCUCUGUCCCAGGACCUGAGCACCAAGCCCCCCUGCUCCCCCAUCACCCCUCCCCCCGAGCAGGCGCUGCCUCUCAACCUCAGCAAACGCUUCACGGUGAAGAGACCCAGCACGGAGGGGCCGGAGCCGAGCCGGGCCGCGAUCAACGGAAACACAGAUCAACCAUCGUCCAAGAGACCCAGAUCUGGGUGCACGGACCAGGCCGAGGACUUCGCCCCUGGGUGCCGGUCCGGCUCCGGGGGGAGUGGAGGAGGGCAGGACGUAGAGAUGAAGAACCAGGAGGAACCCGCAGACCUGAGCUCCCCGAGCAGGAUCAGGGCCUUCCUGCUCGGGCUGCCGCCCUUCCAGGUGAAACUGGAGGAGGAUCUGAACGGGACCAGGUUUGGGAAGUUUCUUCCUCCGGGAUCUGAGGCCGAAUCCCAGAGGACUGACACAGAGAGAGGGGAGGGGGGCGUGGUCGUAAAGAAGGAAGUGAAGCAGGAGCAGGAGGAGGUGGUCGACCUCGAGCGCCGUGAAACUGAGAUAAGCAACAAAGUGCAGAAGUCGGAGCAGGAGGAGAAAGGUCCCGCCCUCUGCUCCGGACCUGGACCUGCGGAGCUGAAGAGCGCCGGCUCCUCAAACACUGACACACACUGUUUUUAGCGUUUGUCCCUGUUGUGAUCAGAAAACUGUCGAUCGGUCGGAGAUUAGUCGGUUGUUGGAAUCCGGGAAGUUGUUUUCACCGUGGGGCGCGGUGUCGGUUUUGGAUGUGGGUGAAAUCCUGAACCCACGAAGCAGGGACGUUCGUUUUCCUCAUCUUUGAGAACAUAUGAACUCACAACGUCUCUUCCUUUCCCCUUUUUUGUUUUUUUUUUUGUCUCCUGUUAUUUCCUGUUUUCCUCUGUGGUUUUCAAUCAGGUCGUUGAUUGAACUCGACACAGACUCAUGACAAUCACACAUCAGUUUCUCUUCCUUCCUCUGUUCGUUUCUCUUUAAGGUAAAAAAAAAAAAAAAAGAAGAAACGGAGGAGCGAAACUGAGUCUUUAACAAACACUGCCAUAACCCUCCAUGACACUAUUAACUCCACUAUUCAAUGUUAGGGUGAAAUAUUGAAUAAGAUCCAUGAUACUUAAAAUAAAAAAUCAAUAUUACAUAUAUGGGUGAUGCUAUGCAUCAAGACGUCAUUAUUAGCAUCUAGAGUGUACUGUAGCUCGGUAGUUUCAUUUUUUAAAUUGUACUCUACUUCUGUAGAGAGAUAGUUAUUUUCUGAUAAAGUGUUUAGAUGUUAUGUGGAGCUCCGGGCGAGGAGCUCCUCGGUCUUCACGUUAUAGCUCGUUAAGUGAAGCCUUUCUAUAGUCCUGCUCAUUAGCUGAAAUUAUAUAAACCUUUCUUACACGUAUGUGCCUUAAAACGGCCUGCGAUCAGUUUCAUCGCCGGCUUCAAACACAUUCACUCAGAGAGAUACCUUGAUGUUGGACCUGCUCAGCUUCCUGUCACUCCUCAGCACGUCUCCGUGGAAUCCUCGAGUUUCUGUUUCUUUGAGAAACGAAAACGAGACUUUCCUUUUGAUUGUUUGCACAUACCAAUGUAAUGCAAGAAGAAUGUCCCGCACUCUGCUCUCAUCCAGCGUCACAAUCAUCCUGAUGCUGAUGAUCAAUAAACUACGAAACUUUUAAAAGAAGCCAAAGUUUUCAAAAUUUAAAUGAUUAUUUUAGCAGCUGAAGAAAAGCUCGUCUGAAUAAAUCAAGAGCUCUGAUCAGGACGAACCUGCUCUCUGUCUUUGAGUUUUUAAUCCUCGGUGUUGAGGUUCGAUUCCCAGCUUUGCUCUUUGCACCGUAAAGUCCAAACUGUGGCCACACGUUGGCGCCGUCGUCUCGUCUUUUAUCACUUCCACUGAUCAGCCAAUAAGAAAUGACAUCAGCGCGGGAGGAGGAUCAUACAUGAACAUGUAGCCCAGACAUUCAGACUACCUCAGGUUCUUUUUUUCUUAAAAAAAAAACAUUUUCCACCUGCGUUAUCUGUUGCAAAGGGGGUGGAGCUUAUCCUUAACACACACACACACACACACACACACAGACGCACUCGGAUCUCAUUUCCACCUGGUGUUGAAGGUUAUUCUGGAUUUUUCUUAUCGUCAGCACUUUGACUUCCCCGCUCGGACGGAAGAAACUCAAAUGUAUAGUUUAACUUUUUAAAAGAGGAUCAGUAAUUUUCCUAAAACAGCUGAUCACUGUGGUUUCUAACAAACGAACAGGAGAUCAGCUGGCAGACAUGUCAAUAAAACAUGGUUAAUCUCAGGUGAAGGGAAGCAAUGCUGCUAUGCUACGUGUGGACUCUUGUUCGGGGGAAUUUUAUUUUGAGUAGUUUGACAUUUUGGGGGAAUAAACUUUAGAGCUUUAGAGUCUCUUGUAUGUGGAUUUUGUUGCUUUUGGACAGAACCAGUUUAUCUGUUUCUCCCUGUUUCCGGUCCUUAGCUCAGUCCCAUCCUCGGUCGCUCUCUUUUUGAGAAGUGAUUCAUCACUGGUGCGCAAUGAAUCUUGGGAUAUGUCGGGCCGGGAAGGAGCCUCGUUGUAGCUUUUGUGCUAAGUAAAGCUAACACCCCCCCCCCCCCCGGCCUUAGCUACAUAUUCAGCUUGGAGACAUAAAGAGACGAAUCAACCCCCCCCCCCCCCUUCCAAAAUGUCAAACUGCUCCUUUUAAGACCGUGACCAAAACUGAGAUGUGACGAUGUUCUGACUGUUCUGCUGCUGAUCCUGAUCCAGAUCCAGAACCAGGUCGUGUGUUAACACUAGGUGGAAAUGAGGGAAUCAAACCUGCAGCAUUCCCCUCCACAUAAACCAGCUCACUGAUCCACCUCUCCUCCUCCUCUUCCUCCUCUUCCUCCUCCCCUCGUUGUGUCGAAAAAGAAAAAACCUCUUGUAGCUGAAAGAACUCAAACGUCAAGGUAUCUCUUCACUCAGCCUUUUCCCUCGUUUCUCUGCCACAGAUUUGCACACCUACUGUACCCGUUUGCUUCUUUUGGAUUUUGCAUAUUUAUAUCUGCCAUGUUUGUUUUUGUUUUUUUGUUUGUUUUUUUCUUUUUUUUUUCUUCUUGCCAAUGUUUUUAUUUUUUACCAGAAUAGUGGAGUCAACCACGACACCGAAAUGAACUGGUGCUGUUUAUUCUAAAUCGUGUAGCUGUUGCCAUAUUGUUGUUGUUGAUGUUGUUGUUUUUCUGGGUUUUGUUUUUUGUUUUGUUUUGUUUUUGUUUUUUUUGUCGAUAAAGCUGCAAAAUCUUUUCAUCUCAGCAAGUCAUCAAAAUCUCAUCUCGAAAAAAAAAAACUCCUCACAGCAGAUUUAUUAUUUGUCCAGAGAGUUUAAAGAAAUUAUUUUUAAGAAAAAGAGUUUAAUUUAAAAAAAGAAAAGAAAAAAAAAAAGAAGAAGAUGAUGAACCACGACUUGUUAUGAAAACAUUUGGUAGUUUUUUCCUGAUGGUAUUUGACUGUUGGCUUCACGUGAGGCAGAGGUGAAUCGUUCAGUAGAUCAUUCGCACCAAAGCACAUGGAAAACCACCAGAAACCACCGCACUCAGACCUCCUCCGUAACCUCUGCUAGAACGAGUUCAACCGUCAGUGUUUCAGGAUGUUGGUGACUCCUUAACUUACUGAUCCUGUUACCACGGUAACGUCUGUUCACUUUAUUAUUUCCUAUUUAAAUCAAUGCAGUAAGAUUUUAAUAUAUCUCACAAACACGUCUGAUCAUCUUACAUCAGGGUGAAUAUAUAUUUUGUGUCUCGCUCUGCUUCGUAAAUCUUUAAACAUUUAUCCAGGUGAGGUGUUUCUGGAUGUGCUUCAGUCCGCUUCAAGGGAAAUCAUUUCGUACAACCUCGGCUAAAGCUCAAGUGUUUACAGCUGUUCUGGAGGGUGGGGUGGACGCUCGCCGUCAUGAAGACAGUGGAGAAGUGUUGGCCAGGAAGGCAGCAGCACACGCUGGAGUAUAAGAUUAUAUUCUAUCUGGAAAUUAAGCUUGAAAAGUGCAGGUGGUCUUAUAUUCAAGGAACUAUUCAAGGUCUAUUCGAACACUUGACUUCUGCAGGGAGUGUUGCAUUAUGGGUUGUUUGUAGCUUUAACGUCGCUAAGCUAGCGAGUGUUUAGGUCUGUUUGUUGUGAGUCUUUCACUGAGCCAGUAGGUUACGUUGGAGCAGAUAAACAAACACUCUUUUUAUUUGUAUUUUUUUAGUCUUUAAAAAAUCAAGUAUCGCUCUUCCUAAAGCGCGACGCUCAUCACUUCCUCAAGAACAGGAAGUGCACCUGUGAUAAACGACCUGAAGUUGCUUCAGGUGAUCAAAUGACAGCAGAUCAGUAAUGUGAGCUGAAAUCGAUUGUAUUAGUGCUAGUGUUGGAUUUUAUUUCGGCGGUGCGUUUGCAGCCAUCAUGUCACCAGUUUGUCAGGUCAGAAUUUCCCUUAGCAUUAGCAUUAGCAUUAGCCCCCGAGGGUGUGGAUGGUGUUUGGUAAAAGCUGCUAAAAACAGAAAAAGUGAAUGAAAAGCGAUAUGAGAUUGUAUGAGUUUAUUCUUCCACUUUUCCAUCUGUACAAGUGAAUGCAGCACCAUGAAUGUCUCUGAGGAGAGUCUGAGCUUUUAUCUCCACCUUUUCGAACAGUUAUAAACACUUCUGCCGCCACACUUCGUACGAACCAGUUCAGCAGCUUCCCAGUCAAACCACAGCUCCACUGGACCAGUUUUAUCUCAGAGUGUCUCAGUCUGAAUCUCUUGAACAUUUGCCUUAGUUAGUUUGUUAAUUUUUUUUUUUCCUGCAUGUCUUUUAUGUUAAUGACUUGGUGCCACUGACGGCUGAACGCCUGGUGUGUCAUUUUUAAAGGGGGAGGUGAUCUAGUUUAGAGACGAGCAGCAUGUUAAACCAGUAUGAGAGAUGAUAGUUUCUUUUUCUUCUUCUUUUGGUUAUUUAAGCUUUAGUUUGUAAAGGUUUCUUUAGGUUUAAUUUCAUUUUUUUUUCCCUUUGAUAAAGAUUUAAAUGUUUACAUUUUGUUAUGCAUGUUCAAACAGAUUUGUUAUAUCCAGUGUUUUGCACACUACUUCAGCAUCAGUCUUGAACGGCACAGCUCAUUCAUGUAAAAGGACUUAAAAUUAAGUGCCUGAUACUUAAAAGUGAAAAUUGGAGUCAGCAAAUGAAAGUUAGAUUUGCUCAUUCGCCUUCAUGCCAUUGACUUGAAGAACAACAACAGCAGCGGCGGCUCCUGUUGUGACGUUUCAUUGUAUUUACGGGCGGAGAUUUUCUCGCCACGGCAGGAAGCUCGCUCAGCUCCGCGGCGUCCGUCGGAGCAAACUGGACCUAAAGGACUCGACAGCAGGGACACCUAGUGGCCGUCUGUGCCGGCGCUCAGUGAUGUGAUUCAUCCAGUGAGCAACAUUCAUGAAGAUAAAUGAUCAAAUUAAAGGUGCUGCAUGUGACAUUUUAACAGCUGUGAACUGUUAUCACAUCAACUGUAUUUUACAUUUUGAGCUUUUACAGGGAAAUCUGGAUUUAACAAAAGUUGUUGCUGGUUUUUUGUUUUUUUUUCUGCAGCAACCAAACGGUAAAAACAGAUUGACGGCUUCAGUUUGUCAGAAAACUGCUGCAACAGACUCGUAUUUUAAUUAUCGAUUAAUUUGCAAAUUAUUUUUUUGAAUCAUCAAUUAAUCAUUUUGUAUAUGAAAAACUGUCCAAGCUGUUCUUCAGAUUAACACUCCAAAGAUUCAGUCUAGAAUAAUAAAAUUAAGAAAUUCAACAGAUUAUGAUUUUAUAUUUUUAUAUAUUUUUUUUUUUUCCAGUUGAUUUCAGUUGCACAAAUGUAGCAAAUAUUUCUGGUAUUUGCAAAUUAGUUUGCCAUUAAAAUUAUUAUUUUCAUUAUUGAUUAAUCAAGAAAAUAAUCAGCAGAUUAAAUCAUUUAAAAUGUACAAAAAUAAUAAUUUUGAAAAAAUUAAAAUCAUGUCUUUAAAUCCAAAGAUAUUCAGUUUAAAAUAUUUAGUAUAUUUCCACAUUUGACUUUAAAAAUAUGACCAGUACAUUUUUUUAACUUUAACUUGAAAAAAACUUAAAUUAUUGUUGAUGAAUCGACUGGUCUCAGAGCCGAAGAUUGUAUCUUUGAAAUUUCAUUAAACAGAAAAAUUCACAUAAUCCAAGAUGAUAUUUUCAUAUCUCGAUCGCCACAAUUCAGAAGCUGGAACGAGUCAUUUUCAUUCCACCAAUCAGUUAACGAACUAAUCAAUUCAGCUCCAGAAGAAGGUUGUUUCUGGUGUUUACCCCUCUGUUGGCCGGUUGAGAUCGACGUCUCAGAGUUCCUGUGUGACUUUGAGGUGAUGAAAAAGAGGAUUGAGGCAGCAGAGGGGUUUAUGGGAAAUGUAGUCUUGGGUUUGGAGGAACACGAUCCUGAAAGAGUCGUACUGAUGUUAAAAAUGCUGCAUGUGGCACCUUUUAUGAACCGUUGGAUGUUACGUACCGAUGAAUGUCUCUGUCACAUCUUCCUGUGAUCUCAUUUCUAUCACUUGGCACCAUCUGUCAUCAUUUGCUCCAGGAAACAAACUCCAGAUCACCGUCGACGCAGCAGCGUCAGUCUCACGUUCUUCUCUUUGCAAACUGUGCUGAACUUUUUGGACACAGAGUCGGACUGAAGAAGAACGGACUCUUCCCGGUUUAAUCGCAGUCAAGAUGGCCCCCGAAGGCGUCUGACGUGAUUGGGGGAAUGUUUUUAAUUCCUGUUGAUUGACGCUCUGUGUUCUUGCGUAUGUGUGAUUUGAUGAUUGCAGAUCUGCAGCACAAACUCAAGUUCCAUUUUUUUUUUUUUUGUUUGUUUCUAUAAGCGGUAAACGGCUGGCAGUGUCAGGUACCAUUCCAUUUUAACACUGUAUAUUUAUAAUAAAAGUAAUCUGUUAAUAAUACA